AGAGAGAGAGAGGGUGAACUGUCAGACCACAAAGGUGACAGUAAAACUGGAAUGUUUAAAGACUCAUUUUCUCACAAUUGCUAUAGUAUUCCUACCGCAUGAAGGUCAGGUCUGUGAUUCUCGCAGUGUUCGCCGCGGUCAGGAGGGCAGGCAGCAUCGGUGAGGUGAGCGAUGUGUCCUGGCGGGGAGAGGUGGCAGGUGACUGAGGUGAGUGCAGUGUUGCCGGGGUGCACAGCCGCGGGGAUGACCAAGCCGACCGGGAGGCUGCUAGCUGCUGGCUGAUCUCCGGCUGUUUGGGUGGACGUCAGCUGUUGCAGACCCGCAGCCCCCACCACCUUGACGACCUUGCCCCGCCCACGCCUCGCACGCCACGUCACCGCCUGAGCCUCCGACAGCUGUCUACACUCUUUUUCAACCCUUGACCUUAUGUUAUCAACUUUAAUCCGCAGAGGUUGAAAAUGUGCAGGAGUAAGUGUGUUAAGGUUAUGAUAGAGUAUAACAGACUUAUUUUUAGAACUUGAAACAAGACAGUGGAUGAAGAUAGCAUCCGUCUGCUUCUCAGCUUAGGUGGCUACUCGUACUGUACUUACUCAUCUCAGCUGAUCGACGUCGCGCUGCCAGACGCUGCCCCGACUUUUCCUUAAACGCUGCACAACAAUUGUUUUCGCCACUCAUUUUGUACUUAUGAAUUAAAAUUUUGACUGUUAUGCUCUAAUAUACCCUUAACACACUUAUGUUGAAUGUCGGAGCGUAUUAUAAAACAAAGCAUCAGGUGUAGUGUGCAAAGGAUCCGCGGUACGACAGUUCCCGUCUGUGUCCAUCAGCAGGAGUAGUAGGGUGACGGAAACACAGAGCUGGUUGCAGUGAUCCCAGUGAACGCGUGGAAUGUGGUGGUGUCGUGACGGACCGUGGCGGGUUAUCCAUGUGUGUUAGCAUUACAUUGAAAAGCAAAGGUGUUCGCUUCAGCCUAGCACGAUAAACAGCACGCGCCGUGUGCACUGUUGUAUGUUGUGUCGCACCGUCAGCAGGAACAAUGGUGAAGUGCGGUGCGGCUUGUGGAGGGAGACGCCUGCUGACCCUGAGCGUGGCGGUAACCCAGGGACCAUGUGACUUUCGCGGCUAGAUACCAUGGGGCGGCGCUCCCCUCUUGUUGUAGUGACGUGCAUUGACUCAGCUGCCUCAGAAAUCGCUGGCCGCGUGUUUAUCCAAAAUUUUAUGUAUGACUAUAUUUAAUCGAAGGUGUGAUAAUUGCCUAAGUAUAUACUGUAAGUGUCGGUGAAAGCCCAAGCUCCGUCCUUCAUCACAAGCCUCCACACCUGCAGCAGCGGCAGCGACGGCGGAGGAAGGGACACUGCGGAGGUCGACGUAGUAUUAUGGCCAGGGUGGAGGCCGCUGCGGCCGCGCUGUUCGGGCCCUCAACUUGCUUCUUGUGGGGUGAUGGCGGCCUGCCCAUAUUCUCCCUUUUGGGAAUUACUUUUCUCCUGCAUCUCCUUCAGUUAUGCCCCGCCAUCGGCCUUCAUCAUGAUAACAACAGUGUACCGCCCAUGGGCAGUGGGAUAGAGGUGAUGACGAAGGCGCUGGGUGUGGUGGAUGUCGAGAUGGACGUGGCUCCUGGCAACACCUCCAUCAAUCCAGUGUCAGCUGUCAAUGGAAGACGAAGCAUAUUCUCCAGGAAGUCGGAAGUCACACUAAGUCACAUAUUUGGAGCUAAAGAGUUUCUCAAGCAUUUUCCUGCAGAAAACUUUACUCAUCUUCGCACACACCGACCUGGGUACUCCAAGUCCUCCCAGAAGGACACUGCAGCCUCAGAGGAGACUCAGCCACAGCACAAAUCAGAAUCUGCAUCCAAGGAAGAAUCAAGAAAACCUGUGAAAGGGGAGACUGUUAUAGAUUCUGAGGCUAUCAUAGUUCCUGAUGGUACCAAAGAGGUGAGCAGCUCUAGUAUACCAACAGAAUCAAAGGAAAUAGAAGAUAGAAGAGAAGCCCAAGAAAAAUCAGAAAAUGAAUCUGUUCCCCCUGCUGCUGAAACAGCUGGAGACUCCAUUACAACAGUAGCAGAUGGGAAAGGAAAGAAGAACUCAAAAUUAGAUAAAGAGGCUCAACAACAUGAAGCACAAGGUCAAGUGGAGAGCAGGCAAGAAGUUGCUACUCCUCUGCAGCCGUCCCUUACUGAUAUGGAGGCCAAGGAGGAGAUACCACAUCCCAUAGAGGUAGCAGAUUCUGUUAAAGUUGAGGCUGAAACAGUUGCAGAAACUCAUCAGACUCCCUCAGAUGUUGGCAAAUCCUUGGAGGAACCCACCCAAGAAACCCAGACCACUGAACCACUCCCACCAUUGACAGAGUCCAAGAAUGUAAGUGAACCAGCCAUCAAAGCUGAGGAGGACCAGAAGGCUGUGGUCAAAGAGGAAUCAAAAGCAGAGGACCUCCCAGAAAAGACUGUGAAAGAGCAACUCAAUGUGACAGAGAAGAAGGAGGGUGUUGUGUCCACUGAAGCUGAAGAGAAGAAAAAGUCUGCUGUUGUGGAUAUUGAUGCAGGUGAUGAAGGAACUAAGAAGAAGAAAAAGCCAAGUGAAUCUGAAAAGCCUAAGAAAAAGGAAGCUGUAGACAAGAAAGCUGAUGCCAAGCAAGGGGAGGAGAAAGAAAAAUCUGCUGACACACUCGAGACCUACAGUCAGUUCACUCAGCGAGUCAAUGCUGAGAAGAAAAAUGACAUCAUGACAAAUGGGCAUGGAACCAAUGGCCAUGGGAAGGGAUCCAAAGUGAAGAGCAAGAACUAUGCCUCACCAGACUGUGGCUCCAAGCUCCUCACGGCAAACCCUGAAGCUACCCAUGCCUCCAAGGUGAUCCAUUCUAACAAGGAUGAGUACCUGUUGAACAAGUGCCGAGACAAGACGUGGUUCAUCAUUGAGCUGUGUGAGAGCAUCCGGCCCCAGAAGUUUGACAUCGCCAACUUUGAGCUGUUCAGUAACCUGCCCAAGGACAUCCAUGUGCUGGGGAGUCACCGCUACCCAAGCCGGGACUGGACAUCCCUAGCCUCAGCGCAGGGGCAGGAGGGCAACCGUGGUGUGCAGUCCUUUCCUGUAGAGACCGAAGAUUUCUUUAAGUAUAUCAAGGUUGAGGUGCAUAGUCACUACGGCCAUGAGUACUUCUGUCCCAUCUCUCUUUUUCGCAUCUAUGGCCUGUCUGAGUUUGAAGUCAUUGAUACAGUAGAGGACUCUGAGGAACCUGAAGAGGCAGAAAUUUUCAGUGAAGCUCAGCUGGAUGACAAGAAGGUCAAAGAUGAGGGAAAGCCCAGUGUCAUCCCAGCUGUAAUCAAAAACAUGUUCAGUGGUGUCCUGGAUGUCAUCAAGCGAGGAUACCGCCCCCACACCUCCACUAGUGAGUCUGGGGACAACUGCUACACUUUGCAGCCUACACACACUGUGGACAAGAGGAGUUGCCAGCUGGCUGACUCCCUGAAUUAUAUACUUUCCUGCUACCACGCUGAGUAUCAAAUGCUGAUGCAGACAUCAUUUGUGUCCAACACCGUCAAGAACUCUGGGUUCUGCCGCCUGCUGGCCUCCACCAUGUGCCUUACCCCUGAGGUGAGCGACAGUGUUGUGUAUGACACUGUCUGCAACAGCAGCUACUUGUGUAUCAUGCUCUCCCCCAAACAUCUUCUGGCAAUGUGCUUCAUGCACGAUGGUCGCAUUGUGAACUCUCAAGUGGAGUGUGAGUCUGCUGGCACAUUGCUUCCUGAAAACUUCUCUACCACAACUCCACCCAUCCUGCCAACAGAGAACAGGAUGCCUUCCUAUGUGAAGAAUGCUAAGAUAAAUACUUCUACCAUCACUCGCACUGAUGCCACCGUUCCCUGCAUAAAUGGUGCGGUAGCACAAGCAGAAGAGGGAUGGAGUGACCAAGGCAGUGGUGCAAAAAAUAUCCCUGUAGAGUCAGUGGCUGUAGGCCAAGAGGAGCCAGUGGCCUCACCUGCAUCUGAUUCUGUCAUUGCUGAACCCUCUGUGCCUAAAAAAGCUAAAUCACCUGGGAGUAGCCAGGACCAGGUGGUGAAGGAGGAGGAGCAGCCAGACAACACAACAGAGCUUGAGGAGCGUGUGACGGUGGAGGGAGGAAGCAUUGUGGGGGUGGAGAUUACCGAGGAAGAGAGUGUCAAGGAGGAGGAAGAAAAACAUGAGGAGGAACAUCCACAUCCUGUCACACCCUUACCAGUGGAGACCAAGUUGUCCUCCACCUCACCCACCAACAAGGAGUCAGUGGUGGUGCGUCUCUCCAACAAAAUCAAGGCACUGGAAUACAACAUGUCCAUCAGUAGCCAGUACCUGGAGGAGCUGAGUCGUAGGUACAAGAGCCAGAUGGAAGAGAUGCAGCGCCAAUUCAACCUGACCAUCGCUGCUCUCAAUGCCACAUCCCGCCAGGCUUUUGAGCGUGACCAGCACCAUCAACGAGACAUUGAGAUGUUGGAGGAACAGCUGGCCAGUGUCACUGCCAUCCUGAGAAAGCUAGUGGAGGAGAGAGAGAGUCUGGCACACACUGUGGUGGAGCAGCACUUGCUCCUCAUGGUGGUGGAGGUGGUGGUUCUGUGUGUGGUGUUUGUUCUCUGCUACAAGAGGACCACUCGUCACAGACUGCUGGAGCUGGAAGGACAAGAGAGAAGGGCUCAGACUCCAAGUGAAGACCCAUCAGACAGACAGGGACUGGGUGGCAGUAACAGCCUCAGUGGUUGGACAAGAGGCAGAGUCCGACGGCGGUCAGUGGAUAGCAUUACACGGGAACGCUCAUCAAACCAACGUCGCUGCCGCCGUCCCAGCGAGGAGGCACUCAGGAUAUCUGGCACGUAUGAAGACCUCCUCAUCAUUGAGCCGGCCAUUCCCAUCAUGGUUGACUCAGUCAGUGAUCGCAAGAAGAAGAGGAAGUCAAGCAAUGGAGUGCUCAAGCGUUCCAAAUCUAAUGCCAGUAUUGUUGAGAAGUCUUGCAACUCCUCUAAAAGAUCUCAACGUUUGGAAAAUUUGGAUGUAUCCAGUGCUGGAGUGUUAUUUUGUGGGGAUCAGGUAGAGACAAAGGGAGCUUCUAACAACCUUCAGGUUGACCCUGCCAGUCUACAGUUUUCAGGGGACACAGUUGACUCACCAGUCAGUGCAGACAUGAACUCUCCCAGGUCCUAUGUUGAAGAGGUUAUGUCUGCACCCCAUCCUCACAAUGAUAUUAAUGCAGUCACCUUGAAGAAACAUUCAACUAGUUGUUCCCAGAUAUCUGAAAACUUGAAUAGAAAUUGGGGAAAGCUUACCAAAUCCCAUUCCUUAAAUUACUCCUCUGAGAAACUUAGAAAUGGUGCAGAAAAAAAGAAAAAGAAAUUGAAAAAGAGGAAUACAAUUCAAGAAAGUCCGCAGCCAUAUAGUCAUGAAGCAGAAUUGUAUCCAGAAACAAACAGGACCUCCUAUAAUGGCCUUAGUGAACAUAACCCAGAGUAUUAUUAUAAUGGGCGAAGCAGUGUCCACUUCAGUGAAACAUCUGAUGCUCUCGGCAACCAUAUGUUCAGUUCUGAUGUUACCAAUGGCAGUAGUUAUAUUAAUGGGGACAGUUCACAAGAUCUAGGUUAUGUAGGAAGUGAAUAUAUGCAUUCUAGUAGCUAUGUGACAAAUUUUUCUGAAAAGCGAAGAACUUCACCAGCAGCCAAAGUCAAACUACGUUCAGAUAACUGGGAGUGGUAUUCACUGCAUCAUUUUGGAAGCAGCAGUGAAACAGUUAGCACCUGUAGUGACUCUAGUGGUAAGACCCGGAAAGGCAGACACGAUGAAGUGCCACACACUCAAGAUCAAAGUGACGACAAGAAGGUAAAGAAAAAGAAGAAGGGCAAGUCCAGGGCACCGGUUCUUUUAGAAGAAGAAACCAAUGGUGGGACAUGACCGCCUCAGCUGUGCCCUCAGUGCCAUUGUAUUGUGUUCUUAGCCUGCUGAUGGCAUGCUGGAGGGUGACGGUUGUGUCCAGGCAUUGCUGCACCACAGGAUGCCUCCCUGACCUCUGCUACAUGUGCUCCAGGGAAAACAAGUACCAUAGUAGUACUACUCUUUUGUGGGAAAGUUAUUAAUUUAUUAGAAUUAUAGAGUCAUCUCGACUUGCAGGUAGAUUCCUGUGAAGUGUUAGUCAUGAUUGUGCAUCCAAUGCACAUUUUUUUUUUUUUUUUUUUUAUAAUAAAAGUUGAUUAAAAUAUUUACUUUUAAGUAAUCAGAUGUGAGUACUUCCAGAGUGGUUUGUUCCACAAGUUUGAUGCAAUGUUAUAUCUGUUGAUAGUCAUGCAAUGUGUCUUGAGUCACUUUGUGUUAUGUUAGGGAUGUGUUGGUGCUGUUAAGUGUACUCCAGUAUAGUGUUAUCAGUAAGGAUAUGCCUAUUGGGUCAGUCCUAGAGUGUCAGUAACUUUUAUUAAGUUUGUCCCAGUGAAGUAUCACUAGAUCAAACGUUAGGGAUUGGCUUAAAAGUUCCUUUUGACUUACAACUUCAUCUACUCCUUAGAAUUUUACAUAUAAAUACUUCCAGUCUUCAAAUGAGGGACUUUGUGAGUGAAGUCACUGUGUUAUAGUGAGUAGUCACACAUUCACAACACUACUGGUGAAAUUGGAAGGUGAUGAGAGUAUCUGAUUAAUGUUUUGCUGGAAAAAUUGAUAGGUACUACUAGUGAAUGUACUUAUAACUAAACACUGAAUGAUUGAACUGAUCAUAUUGUGUCACCAUCAUUAUAGUACAUACUACUGUGUUAGGAAGGCUUGCAGUGUUGGAAGUAAGGUGACAGAUUCAUCAAAUGAGACAAAGUAAAGAGAAAUGCAGUAAGAUUGUUAAAACUAAACUCAAAUUAGAAUGAAUAAUUGAAAGUAAAGAAUUUUAUACUGAAUGGUAAGGGAAAGUUAUUGUUGUCUUUAUCUUGUUUUAGAGAUAAAUUAAUCUUAAAAGUGAAGGAUUGCUAUUGUAUUUGGAAUCCCAGUCUUGAGUACAUUAAGGAGACAAGUGGAAUUCUUGUUUUAUUCAUCUAAACUCUGUACUCUGGAGUCAGAGUGAUAUAAUCUGUCCUGACAGUAGGCACCUCCAUCCAUGUUGUGUAACACUGUUAGGGCUUGUCUCUGAGGGAUGGCUGCAGUGUUUACAGUCUUUAUGGAUUUAUGUGCUGGGUUCUUUAUGUUAGGUGUUACUGUUUUGUAGAGAGAGGAGGGCAGCUUCAUGUACAGGUAUAUAGAUUUGAGGACUUGAGGAUGGCCAGUACUGUGUAUUGCUGUGAGUUGCAACUCAUGUCCAUAGCAUACGUAGAUAUAGAAGUGUCAUGGUAUUCUUUGAACAUAGAAGCACAGUACAUGGUCUCCCUCACUUAGCUUAGAGAAAGAAAACCACUUAGACUGGAUUUGAUGUUCACUGUAUUCAGUGGAAGAGCUUCAAGACUUUAUAGAUGCUUAAUCAGUGAGGCUGUAGGAUGGUGGCAAGGUGUUAGCCUGACCUUACGAAGUACCGAGUGUCCUUGCCACUGAUGCCUGUCCUUAAACUGUGAUGAGACGUUUCUGAUCCUAGGUUUUUUGUUAGUAUGAUUAAAUGUUUAUUAAGUACGUACUAGUAAGUUGGUCUUCAUAUCAGAGAACCUAAGCUCUAGUGUGAGUGUUAAAACUUUAUUAGGAGUUUCUGAGCCUUGUCGUUCAAAGUGUACAAGUCCCUAGCAGGAGUGUACAGACAGGGCAUGACCGUAAACUAGUCACAUGCAGUAUGUUUCCAGUAUACUCUCAUUUUGUUAGGUAUGGCAUUAUAUGUAUAUAAGGUGGACAUAUUUUUUCACUGUAUUUAUAGGGUUUAAUUUAUGAUGUAAAUACAGAUAUUCUGAUAUGUUUGAGAGAGAGAGAGAGAGAGAGAGAGAGAGAGAGAGAGAGUCAUGCAGUGUCUGGGUGGAUGAUAGUCAGUGCAGGGCUCUGUGAACAUUUUUUUUCUCCUCAGAACAGAGUCACAAGUACUUGGCAAUGACACUUUGCAGAGAAUUUCACAAUUACUUGGGCAGUGCCCUAGCAAAUAAUUUUCACUGUGCACAGCAGUUUCACUAGAUGAAGAUUCUUGCUCUAUAUUUCACUAAUACAUGCCUUCAGCUUACUAACCUCAUGUAGAAAAUGACUGAGUCAUGAUGAAAGCUUGUUUAUGCUUGGUUAAUAGUAAGCUGCUGCUUUGAGGUCAGUCAUGAAUAGUGAUUGCCAUGAUGUCUAAAGACUUAAGAAUUUAUGAGAAAUGGCUUGGUGUUAAUUGAGGGGCAGAGUUUGGAAUGAGAGCAAUAGGACAGUGAUGACAACAGACAUGUUACAUUGGUUUGGUCAUGUUCAAAGAAAGGACUAGAAAAUUCUGAAAAUCAGGGACAUGGAUACGUAUAGAAUGUAUAAAACACAAGAGGAAAUCAUAAGGAAGGAUCUAGGAAUGUUGCUCAUGGUGUAGAGGCUGGAUGAGGUACCUCUGUGUGAUAAAGGCUGACCAAUGUAAAGAUGGAAAGUGAACCAAAAUAAAAUACUUGUGUUGUGAAAGAUGACUUACAGGGACUGAGUGAGAGAACUGGGAACCCCCUCUUCAGUAUGUUCCUUCCUAUAAUGAGAGAGGCAAAGAGAGAGGAAUAAUCAAGUUCUCUCCUAACCUUGACAUACACACUGAUAUCUUGGCUUGGUUGAUGUAUUUUAUGAGAGUUGUUGGCCUGGUUUCCAUGAAGAUGUGCAGAACAUUUUGAGUUGUUCUUGCUAACUGCAUGUGGUGCAUAAUGUGUUUAUGAUUUCCAUUUAAUUUUGAGGAAUGUUAGUAACAGAAUGGUGGUGUACCUAACUAUACUAAUUGUGAAUGUAAUGACUCAAAACAUGCCAAACUGAUGUACUGUCUGGCUUUCUCAUUCUGUACUUAUGUUGGAGGAUGUGAAAAAAUUAUGGAUAGUAUCAUAGAUCAGGCUUAGCAGUUCUUUGCUUUGAUCUGCUGCAAUAGAGCAGUCAUUUUGUGGCAGAAAAUUCUGAGCUUAGGGCAGUACAGUGUCUUGUUAGGAAUUAUUAGUAGCUUCAUUUCUGAGUUGUAUCACGUUGGCCUUAGUGUGUGUCAAUUAUGGAUAUGGUGUUAUAGAUUUUGAAGUGUGUUAUUUAAUGGAGGAGGCAGUUUGUUCAUCUUUUGUCUUCUAUUGAGUUAGCUGGUGAUAUCUGUGAUUCCGAGGAUGCUCCGUAUCAGAAUGCAUUCCUCUAUUCCUCGCCAUUCACCACACCUUGUCCAGUCCCUGUCCACAUAACCUCUUCCCUUGCUCAUCUAUCUCGUUUCUCUCCCCUUUUUUUUUUUUUCAGUCCUUUGCAUGAACUAAGAAAUAACUAAGAAUAUUUUUAAUUGUCACUAUUGCUUUAAUAAAUUAGUUAUAAGCGUGAAUUUAGCUUGUGUUGAGUCUAAGAUGCAUGGCAACUGUGACUGAAUGAAACAUCUUCCAUCAUCUGUCCCUGUCUGUUUUUAUAUUUGUUAUGAUCUGCAAAUGUCACAUCAAACUGCACUCACAUUCACCCAGCAAAUUGGAAGUGAAAGUGAAAUCAUGGAAAUAAUUGUGUUUCAAAGAUUAUAUAUAUAUAUAUAUAUAUAUAUAUAUAUAUAUAUAUAUAUAUAUAUAUAUAUAUAUAUAUAUAUAUAUAUAUGGCUGGAAUACCACGGGCCUCUUGAGCGAUAUAUUUUUUUCCGAUAUAUUUAAUUUGCGUCAGCUGUGACUGAUGAGGUUCGUACACGAUGUAAUGCACAGUGAAGACUACGAGUGUCUGAACAACCCCACAUAUACCCCAAAAUUGCCUCCAAUGUGCUGUCAACGUGUGCGGCAAAUGUGUUUCUUUCAUUAAAUUUUAAACAUUUGGCUUCCUUGCUGUGUGAAGGAGCCGGCUAGGAGUGUUGUUAUGUGUGCGAGUGAACCCGCGAGGAGACCAGUGAGUCCACGUGUGUUGUGUUGACGUUGGUGUCGCGAUGUCGUUUGUCGGAGGUUGUUGUCUGAAAACUUAUCGGCGAGUUGCUGGAACAAUACAUAGGUAGGUAGGCGGCAAUCUUUCAUUUUUAUCUCAUAUAGUGGAAGGGUUGUUUGUUACCAGAAACUGUGACACCAGAAGUAGGAUAUCCAUCAGUUAUGGAUUCCUACCUCUAUAUUUUUCUCAUAUUUUUCUUUUAAAUAUAAAGUACCAAUAAAAAAUAUCAACGA